GGACAGGCGAGAGGGAGAGAGGGAGGGAGCGCGCGGAUUCCGGUUGCUCGCUGUUUGAUGCGCUGCGGGCGCGGCUGCAGCUUCCUCCGUCCAGGCGUCCACCCGAUGCCGCUCCUCGCCACCCCACCCUAUAUAAUGCCGCGCACGUCAGCGGCCACCGCGGGCCCCGCCACUGCCACCUCUUCCGGUACCUGCUCCCUCCGGGUCCGCCUCCGCGCACCAGGGAGAUCCGCCGCCGCCGCCUCCUCCUCCCGGCUCCCUCGCGCCAUGGCCGCCACCGGAGCCGAUGCCGCCGCCGCUCCCCCGUCCCUGCUCGUCUUUUCAGGUGGAACAGCAUUUAAUGGCGUCGUAGAAGAGUUGAAGAAAGUGACUACCCGGGUUGCGCAUGUCCUACCAGUUUCUGAUGAUGGUGGAAGCACAGCUGAGAUUGUUCGUGUUCUUGGUGGACCUGCUGUGGGUGACAUAAGAUCAAGAUGCUUGAGAUUGUCCGAUGAAAGCACUUUGGAAGCACUCUCCGUCCGGAGAUUGCUUGGGCACCGUUUGCCUCUUGAUCCUUCAGAAGCAAAGCUGGAGUGGUACCAUAUUGUGGAAGGAGAACACUCUUUAUGGGAUGGUGUCUCUCGUCCCUACAGGGAAACAAUCCGUGCAUUUUUGGUCUACUUCCAUAAUGAGAUCCUUCGGCGACCAGUUGAAACAUUUUCCUUCACCAAUGGCAGCAUUGGGAAUUUCUUUUUUGCUGGCGCACGCAUAUUCUUCCAGUCUUUGGAUGCUGCGAUCUUUUUGUUUUCACGUGUGUCACAAAUCCCUGCGGAAAGUCUUGUGCUUCCAGUAAUAUCCACAAAUGACAGGCUUACUCUGGGGUGUGAAUUAUGGGAUGGAACUAUUAUCCGAGGCCAAAAUGAAAUAUCACAUCCAAGCAAUGGCCGUAGAGAAGUAGUUGACAAGAACUGUAAUUCAUGCACCGCACUUCCUUCAAGCAUCAAGCGCGUCUUCUACAUGUCAAGUGAAGGUUGCAACCUAUUGCAUGAGGUGUUUCCUGAAGCUAACCAUACAGUUUUGGAGCAGCUAAGUAAGGUGGAUUGCAUUGUAUAUGCGAUGGGGUCGCUAUUUACAUCAGUUUGUCCAUCACUGGUACUGCGUGGCAUUGGUGAGACUAUAGCAUCAAGGUCCAUUCCCAAGGUACUUCUUUUAAAUGGAUCACAUGAUAGAGAAACUAUUGGGCUGUCUGCUUCUGGCUUUGUGACUGCAAUUACGGAUUCUCUAAAUCGGACAUAUGGUGAUCCUGACAAAAGUCUAAAGUAUCAUCCCAAAGACUAUGUUAAUGCCAUAUUGGUUCCUGAAGGAGGCCAAAUUCCUUUAGAUGUUGAAAAUUUGGCAUCUAAAGGAAUUUUUCAUGUGUUAACCGUGAAAUCUGUACGCGACACGAAGGUGGGUGUCAUAUUUGAUCCGCAGUCUUUAAUCCAAGCUCUGACCGGUCUGAUAUCCGAGCACAUGGAUGCAUGCCUCGCGGAACCUGACCCUCUAACUGAAAACGUGACGUCUGUAUGCUGAAUCUCUGAAGGAUGCACUUUCAGGUACAUAGUAUGCCAGUCCUAUUCUUAUCAUGUUAGUGGUCCUACUUCAGAUAGUGCUGCAGGUUUGCACCAAAAUGACACGGUUGAAAGGAAAACCUAAAAUGUAUAACAGUAGGUUUUAGUCUCCCUCUCGAAAGAACUGUCAUUCAUUUCAGUUCUGGUGAAUAGCGAUGCUUCCAGACGAUUCCAGUGCCUGCUUCGGUUGCCAGUUCUACUUCCUAUUUGGCACUACUGUGGGAAAGCCAAUAGGGCAAGCUGAUUAAAACAUCUAAAUAUGUGACACUUACGACAGUCUCAGUGCAUUUGUAUCUAAUUAAGUUAUAGCUAGGUACUGUAUAACUGUCCUAGUGGCUUGUAUCUUUGUGUUGUAUCUAAAAUUGUUGAAUUGAGCAUGUCGUUUAUGAUCUACUUGGCAUUUUAACCA